AUGCCCUUCCGCCGGCGGCUAGAAAUGUCGUAUGUGAAAUCGAUGUCGGGGGAGCGAGGCCUAUCAUCCCGAAGUGUCGGAGAAGCAGGCAAACCUGAUCAAGGGUCUAUUGUCCGCCAAGAUGAUAACUACUCUAGAUCACCAUGGGCUUCCUCGAUCGUGGUGAUCAUCAAGAAGAAUGGAGUGGAUAUCAGGUUGUGCAUCAAUUACCGGCUCGUUAAUAGUCUAACCCAGCUGAUGAUAUACCCAAUGCCCUUAAUCAACGACCUACUCGAAGAUCUGGAGUCAACUUUCUGGUACUGUUAUUUGGAUAUGGCGAGCGGAUUUUGGGUAGUGAAAAUGACAGCUCGUGAUCGGUUGACCUCGGCUUUUAUCACUCCCUUUGGACUAUUUGAGUGGAAUCGAAUGCCCUUCGGCUUAAAGAAUGCGCCCCAGGUCUAUCAACGUAUGAUCGACAACUAUAUGGAUUCACCCGGAUCCCGCAGUCCGAAGAUCGCGGAGGACGGGGAAUCUGUGGAUCCAGGUAAGCCAUCGGUGCUUGGGUGUAGAUCAUACAUCGACGACAUCCCGAUCCCAGCCAAUAACUGGGAUCAACUAUGUGAUCGAGUCGAAAGUUUACUCGAAGCGUGCGAUAAGUGGAAUCUGUCGAUCAGUUUGGUAAAGAGUUUCUGGGGAAUGCCUAAGGUGGAAUAUCUCGGUCAUAAGGUCUCCCUCAAUGGACUGGAGGCGAACCCGAAGGGUCUGUCGGCGUUGACGGAUCUAGCAUCCCCUUGA